CUUAGCUUGCGGCGUAGUCGCGAGAGAUGCGCUUGGAUUUUUGGCACUAAUGUGACGCCAUACUCAAACAUGACCGUGAACGCGCACGUCUGACCAGCUGACCCGCGACGGUGCGCAAUCACGUCUGGACUCGGGCCGGGUGUGAUGGCAUCACGUGACACGAUGAGCAACGUGCACGGAGGAAUGACGUGCGUGAAGUACCUGCUGCUUGCCCUCACCGCCAUCUUCUGGCUCUGUGGCUUGUUGGUCCUGGCUGUGGGACUUUGGCUGCGCUUCGACCCUGACACUGUGCAGCUGCUGACUGGAGAUGAAGCCCCCCACACCUUUUUCAUGGGAGCGUACAUGAUGCUGGGGGCCACAGUGCUGAUGAUGCUGGGGGCCCUGCUAGGAAGUGUGGGGGCCGUGAGAGAGUCUCAGAGUCUUCUCACCUCAUUCUUGGUUUGUCUGCUGAUCAUAUUUGCUGCAGAGAUCGCAGCAGGCGUGUUUGGAUUCAUCAACAAGGAACAGAUUGUGGAGGAGGUACACAAGUACUACAGCACGUCCAUCAGAGACAACACAAGCAACAUUUCAGUCAUCUAUCACACAAUUUUGAGUUGCUGUGGAAGAUCUUCGUCGUCAUCAUCAUCAGUCCUUUGUGCGCAUGCUCCUAAGGAGACGAAGGUGAACCUGCUUGUUGUGACGUCUUUUGGCCACGACUGUCUGAAGGCCAUCACAGACUUCUUCAGCCACAAGAUGCUCCUCAUGGUCUACAUGGGCACGGCCGUGGGAGGAGUGAUGAUACUGGGGAUGAUCUUCAGCAUGGUGCUGUGUUGUGCCAUCAGACACAGCAGAGAGGUCAUCUGAGAGGACCACCCCGGACCCUUGAACUCACAUGACACCCCCCAUCCUCGCAGCCCGCUUCUGCCUAACACCAGUUCUCUGCUUCUGGGACUUUGCUCACUCCAAACACCUUUGGGACUAAAUAUUCAACCAUGUCCUUAGAACUCACCUUUGGGACUAAAUGAUCAACCAUGUCCUCAGAACUCACCUUUGGACCUAAAGCAGGGUCCUCAAACUAAGACCUGCAGGCUGGAUCUCGUCCACCAGCGUCCAAAACCUGGACCAGCAAGAUGUCCCAAGUAAAAACAAUAUAAUGUUUGUCUUUUUAAAU